UGCUGAUAUAUUUCGAGAAAAAUCUCCGUCGCUUAACAAUCCACAUUGUUGGCAAACUGGCAAACUGGACCUGCUCCGUGGACCAGUAUAGGUAUAUAUAAUAUAAGGCCGUCACUGAUAAAUUUUCUCUACUUCCACUCAACUAUCUGUCCUCACACACAUUUCACUCUACCACUUUUACCUCCAAAACAGAAAUCAGACAGCAAAUAUGGUUGAAUUCACAGUUUACAAAGGCUCUGCCGACCGCAAGAUUGUUCAGUCAAAGACCACAAGAGAAAUCAAACCAGAUCAGGUCCUUGUCGAGGUCACCCACUCGGGAGUAUGCGGUACGGAUGAACAUCAUAAGGGCAAAGAUAUGGUCCUCGGUCAUGAAGGUGCUGGUGUUGUAAAGGUAUGAUAGAGUCAAACACCAUUCCAAUAACUCCACGCCUACUAAUAAGUUAUAGGAAAUUGGUUCUGCAGUCAAGACUCUUAAGGAAGGAGAUUCAGUAGGAUGGGGUUACCAACAUGAUGCUUGCGGACAUUGCAAGCAAUGUUAUACUGCCCACGAAACACUUUGCCCAAAUAGAUCUAUGUAUGGAAAUUCCGACUUGGACCAAGGUUCAUUCGCUACCCACGCCGUCUGGAAAGAGGACUACCUCUUCAAGAUCCCAGACUCCAUUUCCCGAGAAUUCGCUGCUCCUCUUCAAUGCGGAGGAGCAACCGUAUUCAACGUCCUCCACUCCUUCGCCGUUAAGCCAACCCACCAUAUUGGUGUCAUCGGUAUUGGAGGACUUGGACAUCUUGCCAUCCAAUUCGCCGCUAAGAUGGGUUGCAACGUGACCGUCUUCUCCAGCACGGAUUCCAAAAAGGAGGAAGCCAUGCGUCUUGGAGCCACUGAAUUCGUCGCCACCAAGAACGUCAAGGAACUCCAGGUCUCGGGACAAAUCGACCAUCUCCUGGUCUGCACUUCCUUCCAACCAGACUGGAAGCAAUUCCUUCCCAUCAUGGCACCUUCCUCCUCCAUCUACCCUCUUACCGUCUCUCCAGAGGACUUUCAAAUUCCUUACAUGCCUUUGUUGAUGAAGGAGUUGAAGAUUCAGGGGAGUCUUGUUGCUACCAGGGCGGUUCAGAAUGAGAUGUUGGCUUUCGCUGCUCUGCACCAGAUUCGACCUGUUAUUGAGAAGUUCCCUUUGACUACUGAGGGGAUUGAGGAGGCGAUGGCGAAGUUAGAGAAAGGGGGGAUGAGAUAUAGAGCUGUGCUUGUUGCUCAGUAAAGCUAUUUUUGGCAUUGAUUCGGAGUGUCAAUAGGGUUUGGGGGUGUGAUAUGCAUUGCUAUGGCGUGUAAAGUAGAAUAGAGGAUUGGGUUUUAGCGUUUACCACUUUGGACUAUAGAAGAAAAUAAUGAUUGACGA